AUCGAUAUGGUAUCGUAUCAUAUCGAAUUUAGUAUCAGCACAAAGCGCGGUUUGCAUCAAAACGUUCAUUUCAUUUAAAUAUUGUUAUUGUAAUUAAAAAUCCUCAUAAUAAGAAAGUAAUUAGUUAUGAAUAGCAAAGGAUCGUCGGUUCGCUCCCGUGCAAAUGAUACUGAUAAUGGCGUGUUAACACCAGUUUUAAAAAGCCGCGCCAGGCUGACUCCUAGUAACUUGAGACAUAGAAUUGUAUACAAACAAGAUUCUGCACCCAAAAAUCUAAAUUCUGUUGAAAAAAAAGGGGGUCGAGUUAACGAAAAUAAGCAAUCAACUUCAAGGUCACAUAUUACAGAAAAUUCUACAAACACACCGCGAGUCACUCCGCGCUCAACUGCCCUAAAUGCAUGUUAUACUCCAUCGUCCCUAUUUCGAAAUGGAGCGUCAACUCCUUUGAGUAUAUUGCGCACGCAACAGUCAACUCCAUCCACAAACAAAAAAUCUAAGCAAAACUAUGAAACAGUAUCUCAACAAAUUGGUACUGCAGACACGGAGAUUAGUAAUCUUACUGUGGUAGUAAGAGUUCGGCCAUUGAAUGCCCAAGAGUGCUCGUUGGUCAAAGUUUCAAAUGUAGUACGCGUUUGUGGAAAUAAGUUGACGGUUUCGGCGGGUAUGAAUGCGGAUUAUACGGCAGGUCUUACCCAUUCCUUCACCUAUGAUCAUGUUUUCGACUCUACUGACCCAGAUAAUAGCAAGUACGCAAACCAAGAAGGUGUGUUUGCAGGCACAGCUAUGCCAUUAAUAGAGCGAGCUUUUCAAGGUUACAAUGCUUGUCUUUUUGCAUAUGGUCAGACGGGAUCUGGAAAAUCUUACAGUAUGAUGGGCAUCGAAGCUUUAGACGACGAUGCUUCUGGAAAUAGUGCACCUCAUCCCGAAGCGGGGAUAAUUCCGCGAUUUUGUCGAGAGCUUUUUAAACGCAUUGAUAAAAUUAAACAUAUAAUACGUGCUGAAAUCGAAAUUAGUUACUUUGAAAUAUAUAAUGAAAAAAUCCAUGAUUUACUUUGUGUGACACAAAGCGAAGGCAAUUGCAGCAUUGGCAAUAUACAUAUAGCUAGCACUCAGGCGAAUACAAUUGGCAAUAGUCGACCUGCUUUAAAAGUGCGUGAACAUCCAAUUUGGGGUCCGUAUGUGGUGGAUCUAAGCGUCCAUCCUGUAGAUUCAUACGAAGCUAUGCGAAAUUGGCUUGCAGUAGGAAAUUCGCAACGUGCAACGGCUGCCACCGGCAUGAAUGAUAAGAGUUCGCGAUCGCAUUCAAUAUUCAAUAUUGUUCUGAAUCUGACUGAAGUUUCGGAUGACAAAGAUGGAAAUGGAACUUUGUCAGAAUUGGCUAUCUCGCCUAGGACCCAUCAAACACGACGAAGCAGGAUAAGUUUGGUCGAUUUGGCAGGAAGUGAACGUAUUUUGUCAGGCGGCACGAAUGGAGAUCGCAUACGUGAAGGUGUUAGUAUAAAUAAAAGUCUUUUAACUUUAGGCAAAGUAAUUGCUGCCUUAGCGGAUGCAAAGAAAACUUCAACAGGCGGAGCAGCUUUUGUACCUUACAGAGAUAGUGUACUGACGUGGCUACUAAGGGACGAAUGGAUAAGGAUUGAGCCAAGAGCUUGUCGCGUAUUUUACAACGCUUGCGAUGUUGUGUGUCCAGACACUAUUUUAGCUAUAAAAGCUUUGCUUUGCAAAGUUCCUAUAAAGUCUAGUGCAUAG